UUCGACAAGAAAAAAUUCUGAUUCAGUUUUGGACCUUUUUUUGAUUGAUUUUUAUCAUACUUAUGUGAUCUAGAUGAGGGUCAGAGCCUGUUUCUUUGUGCUGUUCUCAUUGCCAUGCCUUCUUUGUGUGUUACUUUCAAGUGCUCAACAACUUCCACCUGAUGCUGUUGUUUCGGCUCGUUUGUUAGAUUCCCAUCUUCAAGAUUCGGCCUUUAGGGCCCUUUUCAGUCCAAUAACCGGUGUGCCCUAUGAUGCUCAAGUGCCCACCAACCUUUCAGGGAUCAAAGUUUCAGCAAUGAGGCUUAGGAGUGGUAGUUUGAGGACAAGGGGUGUUCUUAGCUACAAAGAAUUUGAGAUCCCAAUUGGGGUUGUUGAGAAGCCCUAUGUGGAGAGGCUUGUGUUGGUGUACCAAAACUUAGGUAAUUGGUCUGAUCAAUUUUACCCUUUACCUGGUUUUUCAUAUUUGGCUCCUGUUUUGGGCCUCUUGGCCUAUAGUGGAGUUAAUUUGUCAGCCUCAGAGUUACCUGAGUUGGAUAUAAGGGCUUCUGAGAAGCCAGUUUUGGUCAAUUUUCCUCAUGUGAGGCCGGCACCAUUGGGGGCAUUGGCCAAAUGUGUGUAUUUUGAUUUGCAUGGUUCUGUGCAAUUUGACACUCUAUUACCUGGGAAUGUGUGUUCAACAAUGCAACAAGGGCACUUCUCUAUAGUUGUGGAAUCCAAUGCACCAUCACCAGCGCCUAGUAGUGGUGGGGAAUUUCAAGAUGCUAGUGGGAAGAACAAUAAGAAAAAUAACAAGUUCAUGUUGAGGAUAUUGGUUCCAUGUGUGGUUGGUGGAAUUGUGUUGUUGAUUAUUAUUUUGGGUCUAUUGGUUGUUUUAGUGAGAAAACACACGAAAGGGACAAGGAUGCAGCAAUUGGAAUGUGUAGCUUAUAGCAAUGAAAUCAUGGAUAUGACAUCCAUUGGUGACAUCAAAGUACCAUUAGCAUUUGGGACUCGUACAAGACCAAUGAUAGAACAUGAUUACUUUCCUUAGAUUCAAGGCAUUUUUGUUUUUCU